GAAAGCUGAAGUUUAUUUUUAAGAGGACUGCAGACUCUGGAGGCAAACGGUGUCAUCACAUCUGGGAGGGAGCAUCCUGCAGAGUUAGUCUGAGUGCAUGCUUUCACUCUUCUAGGCUAUGAAAGUGAGAGUUGAGGAUCUUGAGGCAUUAUCAUCUGUCUCAGAGUUAUACUUCUGAACAACCUUGAAGGUGAGGGAAAACACCCAUCAUUGGGGCUCAGAAUACUGAAUCAGAACUCUGUCACUUUCUUGCUUUUUGGUAAACCGACUGGGGUGUGGGGGGAGUGCGAUUUAUUUUUAUCUCAGAGGUUGCUUCUCCCUGAUAUGACAGUUCUCUGCUCUUCCUGAGACUGCCUACAAUUCAUCUCAGACUAGCGGAGCAACCCUCACAGAGCAAGAGUAGCCAGGAGACUGGAGUUCAGACUUGGACAGAAGGUUUUCUGUGCUUAGAGGCUGGAAGCUGGAUGUUCUUGGGGUCGCGCAGCCAGAGGCAAGGCUAAUCUUGGUCGUUUAGAGCUUCCAUAGAUAGGAAUAACCAGGGACUAACUGCUCCUGAGACCAGAGAUCAGUAUUUUAAAGUUCAAAUUCGUCUUGGUGAGUUAGCUCGGGUUCUUUGCUCACUAAAACCGCCAAGGUAAUACAGUUUUAAUCCGAGCGUCCGGAGACUCCGCCCCUGGGCCUGGCGUCGGAAGUGCUGCAUGCAGUCACUUCCGUCGCACUGGCGGGCGUCAAGAUGGACGCUCCGUGGGCUCGGGAGCAGCUUCGGCGGCGUUACCUAUUUCCUCCUGAAGUGGAGCUGGACUGCGAGGAGGAGGCCAAGGCAGAGACACCCACAGCUGUUGAGAGAAAGGAGAGGCCUCUUCCAAGACUUAACAUUCACUCUGGAUUCUGGAUUUUGGCGUCCAUCAUUGUGACCUAUUACGUUGAUUUCUUUAAAACCUUUAAAGAAAAUUUUCACACCAAUAGUUGGUUUCUCUUUGGUGGGGCCUUGUUGUUUGUCAGCCUGUCAAUUGCAUUUUACUGCAUAGUCUAUCUGGAAUGGUAUCGUGGGAUUGAAGAAUAUGAUGUCAAGUACCCAACGCUGGUGCCCAUCACAACUGCAACUUUCAUCGCAGCAGGGGUCUGCUUCAACCUGGCUCUGUGGAAUGUGUGGUCAUUUUUCACUCCCUUGCUGCUGUUCACCCAGUUUAUGGGGGUCGUGAUGUUCAUCUCCCUCCUCGGAUGAGCUCCAGGGACCGAAGACAUGGCUCACUGGUGAAGAUCACUGGUUCCUCUUGCAGAGGACCUGCUUUCAAUUCCUGGCAUCUCUGUUGUGGCUCACAACCUUCCGUAACUCUACAUCCAGAUCUAACACCUUGGCCUCCGCAGAUGUCAGGUGCACAUGUGCUGUACACACACACACACACACACACACACACACACACACACACACACACAGGCAAACCACUCAGGUGCAUACAAUAAAAAUGAAUCUUAAAAAAUUCUGCCCUUUUUCUACUAUUUAGAGAAUUUAUGUGUCCCUGCCCAGGUUGGGAGUAUUGAUAAACGUUUAUUAAAUAAGUGUAUAGGGUGUUAGGAUUAGGGUGAAAGAGACAUUAUAGUUCCUCCCCUCAUGCCAGAUACAUCUGACUUAGAGAAAAUCCACUUGAAAGGGGCUACUUGCACACAGGGGAAGUGAGACUCAGGGAAGUGGAGGUCAGAAUGACGGGUGGGGCUCAGGGCCAGGGUGUUCCAGCUGACUGAGUGUGUGCACCCUGCUGCCCUUAGUGGGGAGUGCGGUGUGGAGGUACAUGUGAUCCUGCUGUUGCUAGUCAGAGGCGAGUUGCUGGCCAUCAUCACGCUGACACAAACAUUGUCUUCCAGCAUCAAACUGUGUCCAGAGACCAAUGAGACCUAUGGGACCCCUUGUUCCUGUGCACAUCUCACUUUAAGAGGUUUAGAGUCCCUGUAUCAUCCUAUUCCCACAGCUUUGGCUGGCCCUGAUUCCCACCUUUCUCUCCUCACACCCCUUCCCCAGUGAAUGGAGAUCUUGGGCUCUGACGAUUUGGCUGUUCUUAGGUGUUUGGGUGCUUUGGACUUCUACGUGCCUGGUGUAUGCUUGGCAGUGAGAGUAGUGUGGUGCUGGGAGCCGUGAAGAUUGCCCUGUUUUUCUUUUUUAAGUAUAUAUUUGUGUGUAUGAGUGUUUGUAUAUAUGCUUGUUUGUGUAUGUAUGCAUCUCAUGUGCCUCUGGUACCCUCGGAGGCCAGAAGAAGGCACAGGAUGCCUUAGAACUGGAGUUAAAGAGAUCGUGAGCUUUCAUGUGGGUGCAGGGAAUUGAAUCCAAGUCUUCUGCAAGAACAGCCCGUGCCCUUCACCACUGCACCAUCUCUCCAGGUGCAACACUUUGUUUUUAAUGGGAAUUCAAGAGCUUGCGAUGUUUCACUUGGCACAUAAAUGCUGUUUUCUUCCAGACUUAAGAACAUGACCAUUUAAAGUGAACAAAGCGUCCAGCUUGUCCGCUGACACAAAGGAGAAGCUCACUGUGCACUAGUGUCUCUGAAGUGAGUUGUUUCCCUGGAAAAUUGGUGACUUUCUAGAUCUGCUGUGGAAAUCAGAAUAAAUGAUCUUUCUCUUGGGUGUUCAAAACAAGUGAUUGAUUUUCAGCAGUUUUGUUAGACAGAGCUAGAGAGCGUUAAUCUGUCAGAUUUUGGAGAUGGUAGUGGCUCCUCACAGGAGCACAGUCCCCAGGUUUACAGUCUGGCCCAUCUACUUGAAGGCUAGCUGCCCUUGUAUAUAGGUGGUUGGAUGAAGCAUGACAGAAUCGUGUUGCCACUGUUAGUAGUCAUUGGAGAGCUCGUAUUUGUCACAGCUUUUUAGGUAAGAGGACCAAAUGAAAGUAUCUUAUGGUUUCCUGUUAUUCUGGAUUUUAUCAUUAUCUAAGUUAUUGGGUUUUUAACAUUUUUCAACUUAAGUUCUUUUAAUAAUGUUCAAGUAUAUAUACUUUUUUUCUGUAACAUCAAUAAAAUAUUUUUAUAACUUU